CGAGAGGUCUAGUCCCCCACCUGGCUCUUCUCCGCCUUGGUCGUCUCCAAAAGGUGGCGCAGGCGGCGGCGCGCUCCAGGCCUGGCGCCAAGCCGCUGGGUUUCCGGAGGGCCGAGCCUGCGCCUUGUGGUGGCCCCUCCUCCCCUCCCUCCCUUCUCCGCUGGCUGCUGUCGCUUCGCGCUCCCCCUUCGGCGCCGGUGGAGGGGAGCUCCUCACAGGAGCGAGCGGCGGCGGCGGCGGCUUUGGCACCGACUCCCGGGAGGGACAAGCUGCAAGGAGGCGCGCAGGCCUGGGUCGGAGAGCGCGCCACGCUGCGCCUGGCUUCGCUUCGGGCCGGGGCGUCUCCAGGGCUGGAGGUGCAACGAGGACGGGGCUCCUUGGCGCGCAGUCCUUCUCGCGUCGGUUUGGAGUUUCCUACAGGCGGCAGGCAUAAGAGUUCCUGGUUUCUUUCUCCCCACCCCACCUCCUUUUUCGGACCUGUCCUUAUACCUCGUAGGUCAUCCUCUCUCCCUGUUCCAUAUCUCUGACUGCCUGAUAUUUCCGCUUGGAUACUUCAACAUUAUUGUUAUCCUUCUUGUUUGCAUAGCACUUUCUGUGUGCACAGUGCAAGAGAUUCCUGAUCCUGGGGAGCUUUUAGUCCAAAAUUUGAAACAAGGAAGGAAGCAGGCAGGCGCAAUACAUGGCAUUGUUUAAGUUGCAUGUGUUUAUGCUUGGCCAAAGGGUUCCUAACUAUGUUAAGGCGUGGGAACUAGGGGAAUGAGCCAAAGACUUUGUGGGAAAAGUGUGUGUUUUGAAGAGGGAUGUGUAUGAACUAAGAGAGGUGGCACUACACAGGUAUUCUGGGAUCCAAGCAAUAAGGGGCAGCAAGAGAAAAAGCAUGGGGCUGUGGAGUCUGCAGCACUGGCUCCCGGUGGAGUACAGGAUCAGGUUUAAGGUGCUGGUUUUGACCUUUAAAGCCCUAUGCGACUUGGGACCCUCGUACCUACGGGACCGCCUCUCCUGGUAUGCCCCACAGAGGACCUUAAGGUCCACAAAUAAUAAUAUUCUGGAGAUCCCGAGUCAUAAAAUGGCUAGAUUGGCCUCUACUAGAGCCAGGGCCUUUUCAGUACUGGCCCCAACCUGGUGGAACACUCUUUCCCAGGAGACCAGGGCCCUGCGGGAGCUGUCAUCUUUCCGCAGGGCCUGCAAGACAGAGCUGUUCCGCCUGGCCUUUGGGUUAGACUCAGCCUGACCCCUGUGUUUUCCUCCCUCAUGGCUUGGAUUUAUGGCCUACUUGAAAUGAGGCUGCACUUUAAAUUUUAAUACUGUAUUUUAAUCUGUAUUUUAAUUAAUUGUUUUUAUGUUUUAUUGUAAUUCUGUUGGUGUCAGCCGCCCUGAGCCCGGUUUUUGACUGGGGAGGGCGGGGUAUAAAUGAAUUAUUAUUAUUAUUAUUAUUAUGUGCAGACCAUAUCUACUAGAUAUGGGUGUUGGGUGGAAGAUUCAUGCGUUUCAGGGGUUUGGACUUAGAUGACUGCCAUGGUCUCUUCCAACUCCAGUAUUCUGUGAUUGUAUGAUCCUAUACUCUGCAUAUGCUUAGAAACACUUUUCUUUAUUGUUACAGGUAUGAACCCUGGCACUGAAAAAUACGCCAUGAUGGCAAUGAGCCCUGGUGCAAAUUAAGUCCUGUUUGAAAGCUCUGCAGCAGGGAGGGAGGCUGACACUCAGCACCUCUCUCUUUACCUUCCCAUUCCUAAGGACUCAGAGCCAUUAAGCACAGAGGUUUUCCAGACUGCCAUGUUAAUGCUGCUUGCAUUUGGAGUGCUACUUCAACAAAUCUUGGCCAGGACCCAAGGUGAAAGUCUUACUGAUGGCAGCAACAUUCCACAAGUGCCAUUGUAUAGCUAUGGAAACAUCAACUUGCCUGAGGAACAUAUCCCAUACUUUUUGCACAAUAACCAGCCCUUUGCCACAGCCUGCAAGAAAGAUCUCCAUUGCCCAUAUAAAAAAUACUUGAAGAAAUUGAAAGCCUGUUGGGGUUAUGAGAAAUCAUGCAAGCCUGAAAACCGUUUUGGAUAUCCGAGAUGUGAUUAUGCUGAGAUUGGAUGGGCUAACACCAUCGAGGAGGCCCAGCACGUAUUCUGGAAGCAAGCUGACUUUGGUUAUGUUAAGGAGAGGAUGGAUGAAGUGAAGACGCACUGCAGACCUAAGGCAAUGGGAGACUCUUCACUUCAAUGUUCUCGUUACCUCCAGUAUUGCAGAGCAACAAAUCUAUACAUUGAUUUAAGAAACCCCAAAAGAAACCAUGAGAGAUUCAAUGAAGACUUCUUCCAGAAGGGUGAAAUUGGAGGCCGGUGCAAUUUAGACAUUCAAUCUUUCCUUGCUGAAGGGCAGCGGAAGAGCCCUCUACAGUCUUGGUUUGCGGAGCUCCAGACAUAUAUGGAACUGACCUCCAGGCCUAUGGAAGAUGGCAGUUGUGAUGUUAUUAUUGACAAGCCAACUUAUUUCAUGAAACUUGAUGCAGGUGUUAACAUGUACCACCAUUUCUGUGACUUUGUCAACCUUUACAUCACUCAGCACAUUACCAACUCGUUCAGCACAGACGCCAACAUUGUCAUGUGGGAUACCAGUGCCUAUGGAUACGGAGACCUGUUCAGCGAAACGUGGAAGGCAUUUACAGACUACGAAAUAAUACAUUUGAAAUCCUACGAUUCAAAGAGAGUAUGCUUCAAAGAAGCAGUUUUUACACUGUUGCCUCGAAUGAGGUACGGCUUAUUCUAUAAUACACCAUUGAUAUCCAGCUGUCAUGGUACAGGAUUAUUCAGAGCCUUUUCCCAGCAUGUGCUGCACAGAUUAAAUGUCACACAAGAAGGACCCAAGGAUGGGAAAAUCAGAGUUACAAUACUCGCCCGGAGUACGGAAUACAGGAAGAUAUUAAACCAAAAUGAGCUUGCCAACGCUUUGAAAACGCUGCCGUUAUUUGAAGUCCAAAUAGUGAACUACAAGUACAAGGAGCUCGAAUUUAAGGAGCAGCUGAAAAUCACGCACAAUUCUGAUAUAUUCAUUGGGAUGCAUGGAGCAGGGCUCACCCAUCUUCUCUUUCUGCCAGACUGGGCUGUCAUCUUUGAACUGUACAACUGUGAAGACGAACGCUGCUACUUAGACCUUGCAAGGCUGAGAGGCAUCCAUUACAUCACCUGGCAAAAGAAGGACAAAGUGUUCCCUCAGGAUGAGGUAGUGGGUGGGAUGCAAAAGUGUUUUGGUGCUGUGUAUUAUUAUUAUUAUUAUUAUUAUUAUUAUUAUUAUUAUUAUUAUUAUUAUUAUUAUAUGUUUCACCCGUCUCAGUUCUUCCACAUGAAAUAUGAUUCUUCUGCUUCAGCCCAAAUUAAAUUCUCUGCUCUGAUUAAAGGAUCAUUUUAUAUGAAUAGCUGGAGGAGGGAGAGAAAUGAAAUUAAUUGGCCAUUAGUUCAGACUAUCAAUAGCAGUGCUGUUAGGUGUUUUCUUACUGAUGCUGCUGCUUUAGGGAGGAUCGAUAAAUCAGCGGUUAUGAAUUAAAAUGUGUGCUCAAUUUGCUGCUUGUUUUCCAGGGGAAAAGAGCUGACUUGUUUUGCUUCCUUAAAACCAUUUUCACUCCCUUUUCUUCAGGGGCAUCAUCCAACACUAGGAAAACACCCGAAGUUUACAAAUUACUCCUUCGACGUGGAAGAAUUUGUCCGCCUGGUGCUUUCGGCGGCUGAUCAUGUAUCACAGCAUUCCAAAUGGCCGUUCAGGAGAAAACGCGAUGAAUU